GCAUGCGCCACAUUGAAUUUCUUGGCGCGCAGUCUGGAGCACAACACGCGCCUUUAACUCGGGACGUUUCCCUCAUUUCUAACUCGGGUUAAGUUUCCAAACAGGGACCUGGAAGAUGGUGGAAGGUCCCGGCUGCACUUUGAACGGAGAGAAGAUCCGCUCCCGAGUCAAGAGAGGACAGGAAGUGAGACAGAUCCGAGGAAGCUUGACAACGACAGCAAGAAACAGUGGGGGACAUGUCUUCCUCUGUUUUAUCGGCUGUGUGUUCUCCGGGGUUCAGACUCUGGGGAAGGAGCUUUUCAUCCUCUUUGGUCCGAGAGCGUUGAGAGUCCACUUCGGUAUGAAUGGAUCAAUGCGUAUAAACCCUGCUGAGAGGAAGGAGAGGACGGGCUCUGCACCAGUGCUGGAAAUACACCUGACUAACGACACUGUGUGCUUCUUUGACAGCACUGUGGAAAUAAGGUUGACGGAGGACUGCGAGCAAAGGGUGAGAACUAUGGAGAGUCUGGAUGUGUGCUCCCAGAAGUUCAGCUUCUCCCAAUCCGAGAAAGCGGUGAGGAGCCAAAGUAGCAGGAGCCUCUGCGACGUUCUCAUGGACCAGGCCGUCAUGCCGGGCGUCGGGAACAUCAUUAAAAACGAAGCCCUGUUCGACUCAGGCCUCCACCCAGGCGUGAAGGUGCAGCAGCUGGCGGACGAACAGAUCCACCACUUGGUGAAAAUGACGCGGGAUUUUACUCUUCUGUUUUAUAAGUGUCGCAAAUCUGGCUCUCCCCUCUACAAACAUUACAAAGUCUACAAGCGUCCCCAGUGCGGCCAGUGCUUUCAUGUUAUCACAGUCUGUCGUCUUGGAGACAACGGCAGGAUGACUUACUUCUGCGAGCGCUGUCAGAAGGGAAAUCCCAGCGGGGUUGACAUCAGUAAGCUCCCAGUCAGAAACAGCCUGAUUGAAUGGGCGUACAAUCAGAGAGCCGGCGAUAAUGUGGCGAAGCAGGAGGAGGAAGACUGGGCCUGUCAGCUCUGCACGCUCAUCAACCAGCCGGCAGCGAAAGCCUGUGAUGCCUGCUUCACUCCAAGACCUGAGGUUCACAAAGACGACAUCAGCACUGAGGCAACCCCCUUCGCCACCGAUUUGAUUAAGUACCCCUGCAACGCCUUCAAGAAACCACAGGAGGAGCUCAAAAUCAACUGGAGGUCUGCGUUCGGGACUUCCACCCUUGUUUUCUCCGACUUGAGCGAGAAGCCAAAGCCUGUAAACUCCCCGCUCUCCCCUGCCGGCAGUCAUUCGAAUUCCUUGGCGGCCAAGCGAGGUUUAAAUAAAUACAGAGUCUGCCAAGGGACAACAAGCCCCAAUUAUGCCUCUGGUGGCUGGCAGAAGCAAAAUGCCGAGCUCUCCAAUGGGGAGGCGCUGGCCUCCUACAGUCAGCCAUCCAAGAAAAUGAGAAUUGAUCACAGUCCCUUUCCCAGUAACAAUGCUCAAAAUGGAACCCCCUACUCCGGUUCGCGCAAAACAGGAGCAGCCAGCAGCGGCUCCUCCAUUUCCUCCAGUCCCAGUGUCCCCUGUUGUGCAUCCCAUCGUCGUCCAGCUGUCCUCCGAGUGGUCCGCAAGGAGGGGGAGAAUAAGGGACGGCAGUUCUACGUCUGCUCGCUUCCCAGAGAGACCAAGUGCAACUUCUUUGAGUGGGCGGACCAGCACUUCCCUUCUUGUCACCAUGGCAAACGCUGCUUAAUGAGAACGGUUCUGAAACUAGGACCCAACAACGGGCGGAAUUUCUACACCUGCAGCUUUCAAAAGGGAAAACAGUGUGAGUUUUUCCAGUGGGCAGAGAGCGGACCAGGGUGAUCCGACCUCCUGGCUGCUAAUGUGUUCUACUAGCACAUUGUAUAAACGAUGUGCUGACCCCACAUGUUCAUAUAAAUAAAUGGAAAUAUAAGUGGGACAUGAUAGUUCAUCGUGAAAAUUUGUGGAAUAUGCAGAUGUUUGUCUUGAACUUUACAUUGAGCAGAGAAUACCUAUCGUAUGAAUGAUCUUCAGCCCAGAAGAGUUUGCAUUGAAAUUCUCCUUCCGAUCUUUUAAAAGACAUAAAUAACAAAGUUGUUACGAAGAAACUGUGAUAAAUCUAAUAAGAAUGAAUAACAACAAAACUUGUGACAUGUGCAUUUGUUUCCUUUUUAAUUUAUUUCAUUUUUGAAUAAAACCAGUUUUACAAUUCA